AUGCGUUCCCUUGCGAUCUUUGUCAUUGCUUUUCUGCAGCUGGUGCUGGCAGACCCAGCACCGCCUGGACUGGCAUAUCUUUACACCGUCAAUGUCACUCUCGGAGACGCCAUCGAUGUCGGUCUCGGUCCGAAGGGAACGCGGAUCGUAAUCCCGAUCACAGGCGGAACGUUCUCGGGCCCGAAGCUGUCUGGCAACGUUCUCAACGUGGGCGCCGACUGGGGCCUAGCAGAUCGAAAUGGGACCUUCAGCCCAGACUCGCGCUAUCAGCUGCAGACGGACGACGGCGCGAAUAUCUUCAUCCAGACCAAUGGUCCCCUGCAGCCGGACAAUACUACUCAUCUACGCGUCACCUUUGAGACCGGAAAUGCGGAUUAUUACUGGGUCAAUAACGUGCUCGCCGUUGGGAUAUUGAGGAGCGGGACGGGCUAUGUUGUGAUUGAUACGUGGCAGCUCACUACCACUGCGUGA